AGUCGUCGCAUCGCACGCGCACACCGGUAUCAUCCCUUUACAGCUCAGCUUUGCCGUCACAAUGGCUUGUAUAAAGGUGUCUUUGAUGCUGGAUGAUUCGAGAUGGUCACUUACAGGAUUAACUUACAUAGCGCAGCACACACAGCACAGUCCAACCCACAUUAACUUCGAGCAACCGCAACGAUGAGCACUACAACCCUCACCGCAAACCAUCUCGAGAAGCCGCCUGUCGACAUCAAAACGCUCUCCGACAAGGAGAAACAAGAGCUGAUAUCCUCAGACUCUGUCUCCAUCACUAGUGGCACAACCCUCUCCCCUGAUACCGCCUUCCAACCCGCGAAAUCACUCCAUAUAAAUACCAAAGGGACCCCAGUCCUUCGCCUUCCCCUUCCCCUAAAAGAACUCCAAAUCAGCAUCCACAAUGCCGAUGGUAGCCUUGCAUAUCUAUCUACACGCGCGCAACGCAACUCAGGGAACUGCGUUUUGAGCAAUGCGGACGAGAAGCAGAGUAUUGCAACGACGUAUUUCUUCGGCCCGGGCCGGGAUCCUGUGUUACAUCUUCUUGGAGAAGAUGCGGAGAUUAAAACGGCAUCGAAAUGGACGUCCAGGAGUCAGAAAUUCAUCAUGCCUGAUGGGAGGAGUUUUGAAUGGGAGUACAAACGUGCGAAGGGGUUUGGCGACGAGGGGAAGAAGGGAACAGCGCUUGUGUUGAGUAUGGGUGGGAAGAGACUUGCGGCGUUAAUUAGGAACAGUCAGACGAGGACUGAGGGCAGUAAGAGCUGUAGUGCGGGCAAUGGAGGAGAGUUAGUGCUUGGUGAAGAUGUUGGAGGGAAGGAGGGGUUGAGUGAGGAUGUCGUUGUUGCCACUUGCUUGCUGAUGUUGAAGAAAGAAGUUGAUCGUAGGAGGACGGUACAGAUCAUGAUGAUUACUGCUGCUGUAUCCGGAGGCUCGUAAGUGGGCGACGCCGUAAGUCGGGCGUGUAGAUAUACUUUUUCUCUGAUUGCUUGUAAAAACAUGUGUUGUCUUCUGCGCCGACACAAACGCGCACUGGACCUUAGAUGAACCAACAUUUAUUUAUUUACU